UCACAAGUUGAGCUCUGAUUGGACAAUCCCCAACACCCUCCCCCCCCCGUGCAUUGUCUCCAUCUGUGCCCUUUACAACAGCAGCUUCCUGCAUCUCUCCGCUGGUUCGUUUCACUGCACAAUCCACAACCUGUCACCAUGACGCAUGCAUAUCCUUUCCUGAGCACCGAGCAGAAGAAGGAGCUGAGUGACAUCGCUCAGAGGAUCGUAGCUGCUGGUAAAGGCAUCCUGGCAGCUGAUGAAUCCACAGGCAGCGUGGCCAAGCGCUUUCAGAGCAUCAACGCUGAGAACACAGAGGAGAACAGGAGGCUUUACCGUCAGCUUCUCUUCACUGCCGACGACCGCGUCGGCCCCUGCAUCGGCGGUGUCAUCUUCUUCCACGAGACCCUCUAUCAAAAGACGGACGAUGGCAAGCUCUUCCCCCAGCUGGUGAAAGAGAAGGGCAUGGUGGUGGGCAUCAAGGUGGACAAGGGUGUGGUUCCCCUCGCUGGCACCAACGGAGAGACCACCACUCAAGGUCUGGAUGGGCUGUACGAGCGCUGUGCUGAGUACAAGAAGGACGGCGCUGACUUUGCCAAGUGGCGAUGUGUGUUAAAGAUCACCCCCACGACCCCGUCCCAGCUAGCCAUCAUGGAGAACGCAAACGUGCUGGCCCGCUAUGCCAGCAUCUGCCAGAUGCAUGGGAUCGUGCCCAUCGUGGAGCCAGAGAUUCUUCCGGACGGUGACCACGACCUGCAGCGCUGCCAGUAUGUGACAGAGAAGGUGUUGGCAGCUGUCUACAAAGCACUGUCUGACCACCACGUCUAUCUGGAGGGAACGCUGCUCAAACCCAACAUGGUGACCGCCGGCCACUCCUGCCCUAAAAAGUACAAUCCUCACGAGAUCGCCAUGGCAACUGUGACUGCACUGCGACGCACUGUGCCCCCCGCAGUGCCAGGUGUGACCUUCCUGUCAGGUGGUCAGAGCGAGGCUGAGGCCACCAUCAACCUGAAUGCCAUCAACCAGUGCGCCCUGCACAGACCUUGGGCCCUCACCUUUUCUUUUGGCCGGGCCCUGCAGGCCUCUGCACUGAAGGCCUGGGGAGGCAAGAAAGAGAACGGCAAGGCCUGCCAGGAGGAGUACAUCAAGAGAGCCCUGAAUAAUAGCAAGGCCUCUCUCGGGAAGUUUGAAUCUUCUGGAGAGAAGGGAGCAGCUCAGGAGUCUCUGUUUGUGGCCGACCACGCCUACUGAAGUGAGCCAGGCACAUUGCCAUUCUACCCAGUCACUCCACUGGUUUCUCCCACAUUCUCAGUCACACAGAACCAAUUAACCUUCAGUAUCACGCCAUUAGGGAUGCGAGCCCAAUGAGUUCUAGGAUAGAAAACCAUUAGACUACACUGCCCAUAUGCCCAGUAAAUAUCAUCCCUUAAGUUUUACCUUGCACUUGUAACGUCGGUGUUGGGCCUACAUCCUAAUCACCACCCUCACAAACCAAACCUUGAGGUGUGACCUUGUUAAGUGGCCUCUUCCUGCUUCCCUGCUUGCCAGGGGAGAGGCAACUACAUAGAAUACAUCUAGAAAGUAUCACACCAACAAUUGUAUGGCACUUGUCUGCCGUUCAGCCCCUUAGCAUCUCAUCAGUUGAGUCAGGAUUUGGGCCGGAGGCUAGAGACCAGGACUAGGCCCUUCUGUAAUGCUUGAUUUAGUGUGAGGUGUCACUGUAUUUUCUGUUUAUGCAUUUCAACCCCACAGAGACAGAAUAUUUUUUCCUGUUGAAAUUAAAAUAUUCCAUAACUACCGG